AUGCUUGUUAUCACUUUAUUUCCCUUAUUAUACUUCCAUGAAGGGAAUGACCUUAGUAUUGUUGCAUCCUAUGACCGUCGUGGUCGUUAUAUUUAUACCGGGAACUCAAAAGGCAAAGUUUGUAUAUAUGAAACGAAAGAUUUCCAGUUGAUCAGCUCAUUUAAAUCAACAUCAGCAGCGAACGCUGCCAUCAAAUCGAUAGAAUUCGCUAGACGUGGGGAAUAUUUCUUAAUUAAUUGUGCUGAUCGAGUUAUUCGAGUGUAUAACUGUGAAGAUGCAUUAAACGCAAAUGUUACGGAUCCGGAGCCGAUAAAAAAAUUGAAAGAUCUUGUAACUGGGAGUCAUUGGAGAAAAUGUUGUUUCUCUGGUGAUGGUGAAUACAUUUGCGCUGGUUCAAUGAAACAACAUUCUAUUUAUUUAUGGGAACGUGCUAGUGGAACUUUAGUAAAAAUUUUACAUGGUCAAAAAGGUGAAACAUUAUUAGAUGUUGUUUGGCAUCCUUUACGACCAAUUAUUGUUUCUAUAUCGAAUUCAGUAACUAAAGAACAAGUAUCUAUAUGGGCCCAAACACAAGUGCAAAACUGGUCAGCUUUCGCCCCAGACUUUAAAGAACUCGAUGAAAAUGUGGAAUAUGAAGAAAGAGAAUCGGAAUUCGAUGUUGAAGAUGAAGAUAAAAUGAUUGAAGAGAAUAAAAACUCAAUUUCUUUGAAAUCAUUGCAUACAAAAUGUUAUAAUGAUGAAGAAGAGGACGUAGAAAUCGAUAUUGAAACGAUGGAACCGGUACAAGCUCUACUAAGCAGUGAUGAAGACGGAGAAUGUGAAGAUAUUCUAAUGUAUUUAUCCAUUUCUCCAGAAGUGGAUAAUCCAGAUGAUUUAUCUGGUGGAGAAGAAUCUGUCAGUACACAGAAUUCUGAACGACCAACAACUGGUUUAUCAAGUAGAAAACGUCCUGAUUCUCCAUCGAUUCAAUCUAAUGGACCAUUAUCGAAGCAUUCAAAAUCAUUAGAUCAAACUCAAUCUAUACCACCGACAGUUUCAAUUCAUUUACCCGGUGCACAAAGUGAUGAGGUUCAUCCACUUGUUGGUAGUCGUAAACCAUCCGUUAAAUCUAUCUCAGGUACUAAUCAUCACCAUCAUCAUCAUGAUUCAUCGACCAAAUAUACCAAUCAAUCAUCAUUAACUAAUUCAACAACAUAUGGAUUAAAUAAUUCACGUAAAAAUAAUACACGUCAACGUGAUCGUGUAAAAUCAAGGAAAUGAAUAUUAUUCAUUUGUAUGUAACAUUAUUAUUUGUAUAUUGAAUACAAUUUUCUCUUUAUUUAUAUCCUUGAAAUGUGUAGUAUUUGAAAUGGUGAAGAAGAUUUGUAGCUCCGGUAGAUGAUUUUGAUGGAGUUUUGUUCUCUGAGCUGGAUGAUCGUUUGGUUGUGCAGGUUUCAUUGUUCUUCUUCUGAACGAUAUCAUCAUCAUCAUCAUCAGCAGCAAAAACAAAUUUCAGAUAGAAGUUUGUUUUGAUGAUGUCGUUCAGAAGAAGAACAAUGAAACCUGCACAAUCAAACGGUCAUCCAGCUCAGAGAACAGAACUUCAUCAAAAUGUAUAGUAUGUUUGUUUCGUUAGUUAUUCUUCACACAAUUUACAUGCUUAUAUCGUUACCAUUUGUAAACUGUUCAAAUUCUUCAUGUACAUUGUUAUUAUUAUCAUUAUUAUACACUGUUAAAUAUAUACAUCGCUUAUAAAGUUGUUAAUGAGGUUAAUCCUUUAGAUUAAAUGAUAGAGAUCGUUUUUUUCUUUUUUGUCAUCCUAUUUCGUAGCAUAAAUGAGAGGAAAUCAAACAUUGUAAAAUGAUUUUGUAUUAUGUAAAUGUGACGUUUAUCCAUUUGAUAUAACAUCAACCACUAUCUUUCAGUUUGUGUAAUAAUGAAUCAAUCAAUCGAAAAACAAAAUAUAUUACCGAUAUUCUUAGAAAAGUUUCCAUUAUUGACUGAUUUCAAUUAAUGUGAACAAUUAUUGAUAAUUCAUAAUCAUUGGAGAAUCAGUAAUUGACUUUAUUGUACAUCAAUGAAAUGAACUGAAUAGUAUAGAGAGUUCAAGGUUUUGAAUGUAAAUUGCAAAAUGUUCUUUAUCAUUAAGUGGUUUUGUAAACAUUACACGUGUC